AUGGAAAGUGUGCAGGCUGUCGCUGAGGAUGGCGCGUCUGAUGGAGGCGCGACCAAGUUAAUGAAGAAGCCCAGUGGUCUGUCUGUCGCCCGGGGGACUCCAGCCGAUGAUGGCGGUGGACAUUUAGCACCCUCCCGCGUAGAUGCGAAGAACGGGGAUAGUCUUUCUCAUGCCGCCUCUACAGCGGGAUCUAGUGCGUCAAACAGAACUGUGGCGUCGAAUGGCCGGGGCUCAUCCAACAACUCCAGCUCUCUCCUGUUGAGACGGAGGCGCUUGAAGAGGAACCUCUCCGCCGCAGCUGCAGCCACCGCCACCUCAGCUGUCACCGCCGCCUGCGGCACCAAGAUGAACUCGGCCCUAUCCUCUGCGUCUUUACAUACCCGGAGUCUGGAUAGGAAGACUCUGCUGAAACACCGACAGAACAUGCAGCUGCAGCCAGCGGAUCGCGAGUGGGUGCGAACCGAUCUCCACCGGGGCUCCAUACACGUCCACGACAGACUUACGCCGUCAUAUCCCAGGCCGGUCCUUUGCACUUUGGACACCACAGCCGGCGAGGUGGCGCUUCGUCUGAGUAAACUCUGCAGUAAGUCGAGUUCAGUUAUGCGCAUUUUUUGUAAAGAUCCCCCCAAGACUGACCAAAAUGGCAACUGCAACGUGAAGUAUGAGUAUAAUGAUAAUCCGUGCAAGGUGGACGACGAGUCAAGUCUAAAAUGCACCCACCUGGCUCCCCUGGAUUCCACAGAAGUAAGGGGGCAUCCAAGUGACAGGUUGAGACUGCUGCUAAUGGAGAAUGCUAAUGAGAGGCAAAAGCAACAGGACGUUGAUGGGAAACUUUUCACCCCUGAAUCAGAGUCACAAGACAAUAUAACCUGUUCACUGUCAGAUUUAAACUCAAACUCUAACAUGGAUACCCCCAAUGAUGAUGACUCAGAACACAGGAAUGGUGCAGACAGCUAUGGAUUAAAUUCUGGCUCAGAUGUGGAGAGCAGUGCAUUUGAUGACCUUAGCUCUGGAGCCCGGCUCAGUGAGCACAGGGACUCCCUUAGUGAUGACAUGAUUCUGGGUACAGAGGCAUCCAUCCUCAGCCCCUCAUUUGACAGUGCCACAGAGGGCCAUGAUAUGUAUGGCAGCUCAUCGGACGAACUGGAGUUGGACUGUCCUACAUCGAGCACUAGCAUGGACCCCAUCUCUCAACACCACACCAACGGCAUCAGUGCUGUCUCUGCCAACUACAAACAGUGCAACAUAGGACAUUUAAACGACAUGACAAACAAUAUGGGGCCAGAUAGCAGACACAACCCACACAGUCUGGGCAGUCUGCCACCCAGCAGUAGUGCAGGCUCAUUGUCAAGAGCCUGUUCCACAGGUAAUACACCUGACAUCCAAGAUCCUGGCUCUGGCCUAGGUGCUGUAAAAUCUGGGCUGACAGUUGACCACAAUGGAGAUUCUUGUGAUUCCAUCCCCACAUUAUAUGUCCAGCUGCAUGGUGAAGCUGUCAGGAGGCUUAGCCCAGAUGAGAGGCCUCUGCAGAUUCAAAAUGACUUUCUAUUUAAGCUUGGAUUUAAGGACCCAUGGAGAGUUCAAGAAGAAGGGCUUAACACAGAAAUUGGCUCCUUGUUACGUUUUUAUGCAGGGAAGCCCCAGACCAUCGAAAGCUCUGAGCGUGUGCAGCUGUCGGGCACAUAUAACGUACGGAAAGGGAAGCUCCAGCUGCCGGUCAACCGCUGGACCAGACGACAGGUCAUCCUCUGCGGCACCUGCCUCAUCGUCUCCUCUGUUAAGGAGAGCCAAACGGGGAAGAUGCACAUCCUGCCACUCAUUGGAGGAAAGGUGGAGGAGGUGAAGAAGCACAAUCACUGCUUGGCCUUCAGCUCGGCAGGUCCUCAGAGUCAAACCUACUACGUUAGCUUUGACAGCUUCACGGAGCACCUGCGCUGGCACAGACACGCUGCCAAGAUGGUGUCACAGAGGAUCAACUCAGUGGACCUGUCCUGCUGCAGCCUGGAGCAACUUCCUCCUAACCUCUUCUACAGCCAUGACCUCACCCACCUCAACCUCAAACACAACUUCCUGCCUGCAGACCAGCGCCUGCAACAGCUGCAGAGGUUUUCUCGUCUGCGGAGUCUCAACCUGUCCAACAACCACCUUGGCCAGUUCCCCCUUGCCAUCUGUGAAAUCCACACCCUGACUGAGGUCAACCUCAGCUGUAACUACUUGGCCUCUGUCCCCAGCUCUGUCGGAGCAAUGACCAACUUGCAGACUUUCCUGUUGGACGGCAACAGUCUAAAUGAUCUGCCCAAUGAGCUGGGUUCCCUCCAGAGGCUGAGUUACCUAGGCCUUUCCUUCAACCAGUUCAGCCACAUACCCCAAGUGCUGGAGAGACUGGCCUCCAUGGAAAAGCUGUGCAUGGCUGGCAACAACCUGGAAACACUAACCCUGCAGAAUUUCAGACUGCUCCGCGUUAAACACAUCGAUCUACGGUUGAAUAAGAUCUCCAUCAUGGUGCCAGAUGAGCCUGAUCUGCUGAGACACGUGACCCACUUGGAUGUGAGGGAUAACAGGCUGAAGGACCUGGAUGCGUCCGUCUUCCCCAGGCUGGAGGUGUUCCACUGCGAGAGGAACUGCAUCGAAAGCCUCAAGGCCAAGGGCUGCUUGUUGAAAGGCAUCUACGCCUCCAACAACGAGCUACGACAACUGGAUGUCAGUCCUGUGCCCUCUAAUCUUAGUUACAUGGACAUCUCGAGGAACCGUAUGGAGUCCUUGCCAGAUUGGCUGUGUGAAGCUAAGAAACUGGAAGUUCUGGAUGUGAGCCACAAUCUCAUCACUGAGCUUCCAGCCCGGUUGUUAUGCAGCAACAGCCUGAGGAAACUGAGUGCAGGACACAAUCAGUUGCAGAAGCUGCCUGAAAGGGUGGAGCGCCCUCUGCUGGAGGUUUUAGAUGUACAGCACAAUCAACUGGUGGAGCUGCCCUGCAACCUGUUCCUAAAAUCUGACAGCUUACGGUGCCUAAAUGCAUCAGCCAAUAAGCUGGAGCACAUGCCACCAUCCAGCCUAUCAGAGGAGAGCCACAGCAUCCUCCAAGAACUUUAUCUGACGAAUAACCGGCUGACAGAUAAAUGUGUACCCAUGUUGACGGGCCACACACACCUUCGAAUUUUGCACAUGGCCUAUAACCAUCUUCAGACUUUCCCUGCAAGUAAAAUGGCAAAGCUGGAGGAGCUGGAGGAGGUGGACCUAAGCGGAAACAUGCUGAAAACUGUGCCCACUACAAUCAUGAACUGCCGACGGAUGCACACACUCAUCGCCCACUCCAACGCCAUCGAGGUCUUUCCUGAGGUUAUGCAGCUGAUGGAAAUGAAGUGUGUUGAUCUCAGCUGUAAUGAACUAAGUGAGAUCACUCUGCCUGAGAAUCUGCCUCCCAAGCUUCAAGAACUGGACUUGACAGGAAACCCUCGCCUCAACCUGGACCAUAAGACCUUGGAGCAGCUCAAUAAUAUUCGCUGCUUCCGUAUUGAUCCACCUCCCACCUUUUCAUCGAAUGAGGCAUCGGGUGGGCCUGCUGUGUGGAGUCACGGCUACACAGAGGCCUCAGGCGUCAAAAACAAACUGUGUGUUGCGGCGCUUUCAGUGAACAGCUUCUGUGGGAGUCGGGAGGCUCUGUACGGUGUGUUCGAUGGGGAUAGGAAUGUGGAGGUGCCCUACCUUUUGCAGUGCACAAUGAAUGACGUGUUGGCUGAGGAACUGCAUAAGACCAAGAGCGAAGAGGACUACAUGACCAACACCUUCCUCGUCAUGCAAAGGAAAUUGGGAACUGCAGGGCAGAAGCUGGGCGGCUCAGCGGCUCUAUGCCACAUUCGCCAUGACCCCACUGACCCUGGUGGCUGUUUUACACUCACAGCAGCCAACGUGGGCAAAUGCCAGGCCAUCCUGUGCAGAGAUGGGAAGCCGUUGUCCCUGUCGCUGCUUCACAAUGUGGGGCUUGAAGACGAAUACCAUAGGAUUAGGCAGCACAGGGCGAUAGUUACUGAGGACAACAAGGUUAAUGGUGUGACCGACUCGACGCGAAUCAUGGGCUACUCCUUCCUUUACCCAUCAGUCAUCCCCUGUCCUCAUGUACAAACAGUCACUCUCACCUCACAGGAUGAGUUCUUCAUCCUGGGCAGCCGAGGCCUGUGGGACACUGUGUCUCCUACGGAGGCGGUUGAAGCUGUCCGAAAUGUUCCCGACGGUCUUGCAGCUGCAAAGAAGCUGUGUACCCUGGCACAAGGCUACGGCUGCACCGACAGCCUCAGCGCUGUCGUGGUCCAACUCAGCGUGAGUGAAGACUGCUGCUCUUGCUGCUGCUCUGAGCCUCCGCAGCCGCCUCCUAGCCCCGGCCUGGGCCCCUAUCCAUCAUCGUCUUCUGCUAUCAAGGAGCGGCCGUCUGAUGGCUCCCUCCCUGUGCCCCCCUCCUCCUGCAGUGAAAUCAGCAGUGAGAUCAGCACCAGUGAGAUGAGCAGUGAAGUGGGUUCCACAGCCUCAUCUGAUGAGCCUCCACAGAGUUCCCUGGUGCUGCUGCAUGAUCAGCCCCAUCACCCUCACCUCCACCUGCACCACCAGGCCCACUCACUGUCUCUACACCAGCAGGCUCACACCACAACCCAACCCUGCCAAUACUUGUACCCAGGAACAGAGCUGCCCUCUGCCCGCAGCUGCUGUGCCCUUCACCCUGCCUGUUUAGCAGGUUCUUUCCAGAGGCAGCUCUCUAGUGCCACAUUCUCUAGCGCCCUUUCUGAUAAUGGGCUGGACAGCGAAGAUGAGGAACCAAUUGCUGGUGUUUUCUCUAAUGGGAGCCGUGUAGAGGUAGAGGCGGAUGUUCACUGCCUAAAAUUAGAAUCCAUGACCUCGUCACCCCAAGUAGCACCACCUUCAGCCUCUGGUCAGGAGCGUACCCUACUCAGUUUGCCCCCACCACCGCCGCCUCCAUGCACCCCAGAGCCCCUUGAAGAAGUUGUCGACAUGACCCUUGGGGAGGCUGAGAACGGCCUGGAGAGAGAUGAGUCAUGGCAAGGAGCUGGAGCAGGAGGUGGAGAUGGAGGAAAGAUGGCGGGCAAGAGGAGAGGCAAUGGGUCAGUGGCACGCCAGGAAAAAAGCCACAACCUUAUUGAGGUGGCUGCUGACGCUCCCUCCAAGAAGUCAGGUGGCUACUUCACCGCUCCGGCUCAGCCUGACCCGGAUGACCAGUUCAUUAUCCCCCCCGAGCUGGAAGAGGAGGUGAAGGAAAUCAUGAAGCAGCAUCAGCAGAAACAGCAGAAGCCACCUGGGACGGAUCAGCCCUCAGACUACUACGACACCCCACUCUGAACAACAGUAUCCAUCUACAGCCUCAACCGCUGUAAUUUUACACAGACCUUCUUGGAGUGGCUGUUGAAUGCACAUGAAAAAAGUUCCAUCCAACUUUUUUUUUAACAGCCCUCCAGCUCUCAGAUGCUCGACACAGCCUCAUCAUUGGAGAACCAUGCACUGUAACCUGCUCCAGCUGUUGUUAUCCAAGCAACACAUAGAUAAGAGAAGCAAAUGAGCCCUUUAAUGAUACUUAACCCUUUUGAAUAGCCUGUGGACACAGGUCUUAGUGUUCAUGGUUGUUCCAUUCUCACAGACUGUGGAACAUUGUUUUUACAUUAGAGAACCAGCUGAGUAUGUAAUCAACACUAGUCUCUUUGCAAUAGCAUUAGCUCGCCACAACACUUGUUAAUAUGGAUAACAGUUCCAUGGUUUGUUUGUUUUGUAAGAACUUACCAUAUCUUUUAAUGUGAAAGCAGUGAAGUUGCUGAAAGAACUUUUUAAAAACAGAAACACAUAAUCUUUUUAUUAUCAGUAAACUAUGUUGAAUGGUACACCAGUGAUACCACACUUAACUGUUGUAGAUAGGGCACUUAAAAUACUGUAUUUCUUCAGUAAAUCAUGGCUCUUGGCCUGUAAAAUGGCAUAGAAAUUUUUUGUAGAAAUUUUAAAUACUAACUCCUAGGAGUUGCAUACUCUUUAUUGUGACUCAGUCACUUUACUAAUCUUCUCUGAGAGAAAUGGUGAUUUUUUUUUUCCAAUGACUGUAAAUAAGAGAAAUGUUGUAUACUGAUGCUUUUAAAGGAACUGCGUACCUGUAUGUCGGUGAAGGUUUUAGUUGUGGGAGGAUGUGUGGUUCACCCAGAGUUUGCUAUUAAGGAGGUAUCACCCCACUUCUCUAUCUUACAGUGUCAACCACAAUGAUAUGAUACACACAUCUACACACAUACAAAUGUAAAUGUGCACUUGCAGUUCAGAAACUCCAACAUUCCAUGCAAUACAAUGACACAGAAUUGCUCCACUUUGUUGUGAGUGUGAUGUCCUGUAGUCAUCACUGUAUCUAAUGAACACUAAUAGACAGAUUUUUGCAUGCACACUUGCAUGCAUGCACACAUACAUACACUAGCACACACAUACACAAACAUACACAAACACACGCGCACACACACACACACACACACACAGGUAAUAUUAGUCCCACCUCCCUCCUACAGUAACUGUUACCACCGGCAUGACUGUGUCAAGUUCAGUAAUACAAACAAAUAUAUUCACAUGGAAAAGAGACAACACAAAUGUUCCUGUCUUUGGUAUAAUAAAUUUUAAAUUUGUGAAUAUAAA